AUGGCUCCCUGUCUACCAAUGCAGAAGGCUGAUUGCCAGGCUGAAAAUGGAAUGAGAAAGGUAAGCUUGGAUACUUAUGGAUUCAUUACACGCGUUUGACUUUUUAUGUAAUUGUUCAUAUAGAAAAUAAUGUUAAAAUGGAUGUGACAGUAUAGAAACCACUGUGCAUAUGGAGUUUGAAAACUUUAGUAGUUGCUUUUUUCUGCAGAUAAAUAUAUAUAAAUGGCGCAGUGCAUUAAAUUUAGAUAUUAUCUAAUAAAUUAUGUAAUAUAUUUAAUUUCUUUUCUUUCUCUCUCUUCAUUUUCUUUCUUUCCCUAUGCUGCCAUUCAUUUGCCCCUAUAUCAGGUUAAUCUAAAUACUAAGACAAUCCAGAAACAUUUAAUAUUAGUAUUAUAGUAUAAAGUAUAGAAAUAUUGCCUAAUUGCCAGCAAUAAUGUCCGAGAGAGUAAAUGACAUCUGAGUAAAUGAAUAAUAAUAAUAAUUUCUAUGUUCCUUUCUCCAGCUCAGGAAGCCAGUGAUUGAGAAGAUGAGGAGAGAUCGGAUUAACAGCAGCAUUGAGCAGCUCAGGGUGUUACUGGAGAAAGAGUUUGACAAACAGCAUCUUCCAUCCAAACCAGAGAAAGCGGAUAUUCUGGAGAUGACAGUGACCUUCCUGCAGCAGCAAUUGGCUGGGAAAAGUAAGUAACAUUCAACCCAUUCAUCUUUAAAUAUAUUUUAUGCCUGAAAAGAACUUGUUCUCUUAGUGAUGUUUGUAGCACCAGUAGUCUGACUUAUUUCUCUUUAUUUUUGUUUCCAGCUGUGAUAACCCCAGGCCAAGCCCACGCUGAAGGCUACUGCAAAUGUGUCCAGGACUCUUUGAAUUAUCUGUCAUGUUACGAUGGUCAGAGUUACCAACAGAUAAAGCAAUUUCAACCUCCUCAAUUUGCAUCCCAAGACAUGUCCCAUGUGACAUUGCACUCCUCUCCACCGUCUGUAAACUCUGCUCACAACUGGAAUGGGCAAUUUCUGCCAAACACCACCAAGAGCUUAUGGAGACCGUGGUAA